UCCUCUCAAAACCCUAGCCCCCCUUCCUCUUCAUUCAAAACACCCCGUUCUCGACUACCUUACUUCGAUUGGAUUUGCUGUGCUAAUCUCUGGUUCUUCUUUUUCCGAUCUUUUUUGGUUUUAGGAUCGAAGAACCAAGUAUACGCUGGUAAGUUUUGCUUUGAGUGACUGACAAUGGCAACUACUGAGCAACCAAAGGCAGCUACCGAGGACGCGAAGAUUGAUCUUUUUGAAGACGACGAUGAAUUUGAGGAGUUUGAAAUUGAUCAGGAGUGGGAGGACAAAGAGGAAGGCAAAGAAGUAACCCAGCAGUGGGAAGAUGAUUGGGAUGAUGAUGAUGUAAAUGAUGACUUCUCGCUGCAGCUUAGGAGGGAGCUGGAGAGCAACAAUGAGAAGAACUAAGCUAAGUGUAGAGAUGAUUGUUACUAUUUCUGACACUGUGCCUUGUACCCUUGCUUAAAGAGUAAUGGAGAUUUGAUGAAUCUUAAUGCGCUAAGUUCAUGAUCUGGAGUUUUAAUUA